GGAUUUUGCAGCUCUGAUCACAUGUACUUGUGUGGGAUAUUAUGUAUCAUCCAUCACAGGUACGUAACUGGUAUUCGAGCAGAGGUGGAGAAGAUGGAGCGCAGUCUGAAGCUGUUCAGUGAGGUGCUUGAGCAAUGGACGGAGUGUCAGAAGAACUGGAUGUACCUUGAAUCGAUUUUCUGCGCUCCAGAUAUUCAGCGCCAGUUGCCUAAUGAGUCAAAGGCCUUCUUUGCAGUGGAUAAACAGUUUAAAGAUAUUAUGCGCAGAACUCGGGAUAGGUCCAAUGCUUUGCAGGCUGGCACAACCCCAGGAUGGCUGGAAACCUUCCAGAAAAGCAACGAGACGCUCGAGAAGAUCCAGAAGAAUCUUGAGGACUAUUUGGAGACUAAGCGAAUCGCCUUUCCUCGUUUUUACUUCUUAUCUAACGACGAGCUGCUUGAAAUCCUGGCGCAAACAAGAAAUGUGCAAGCCGUCCAGCCUCACAUGUCCAAGUGCUUUGACGAUGGUGUUAUCUGUGCGGAUGGUGAAAUAUUGCCCGUCGAGGUACAGGCGCCAAACUUUGAGGACGUGGAUCACGGCGAGGAGCUCCUCGUUGGAGGGGUAAUUCAUUUCCGCGGGAAGGAGUUUCUUGUUGGCGAAGGCGACGGGGUAUUCGCCGGGUGGGGCCUCAGGGUGGGUAGGGGGUUCCUUGAUGGAGGGAGUUUCGGUGGGGUCACGAGGAAAAUGCUAGGACAGGACAACUCCAAUGGCGAGGUCGGAGGCGUCGGUGAUGUAGAAAUGGCAAGUGGGGUCAGCGAUCUUGAGGACGGGGGCGGUAGUGAUGAGUUGUUUGAUGGCAUCGAAGGCGUUUUGGCGGAGGUCGUUCCAAGUGAAGGGUUCGUCCUUGCGGAAUUUUUGCUCUCUGAGGAUAGAGAGGACUUGGCGGAGAUGCUGAAGGUGAGACUCGAAGGUGGGGCUGUAGACGACGAUAUCAUCGAGGUAGACAACGACGCAAACUUCGAGGAGGCCACGGAAGAUGUGAUUCCGUGUAGAUUGGAAUGUGGUGGGGGCGUUCAUGAGUCCGAAGGGCAUCACGAGGAAUUCGUAGUGCGCGAAUCGGGAACGGAAGGCGGUCUUGUGGGUAUCCUCCUCGCAGAUGCGGAUCUGGUGGAAGCCACUGCGGAGGUCGAUCUUGAAGGUGUCGGUGUGGAGGUUGAAGCAGAGGCCUGUUCGGAGGAGGAGGUGGGUUGUGGGAUGGAGGACGAGGUGGUUUGUGGUGCGGGGGAGGAGGGUGCGGUCGUGGUGACGACCGUGAUGGCGGGGGAGUUUCCCUCAAUUGCGGCUACGAGGUCGGAGAUGGUCGACAUGGUGGUGUUCAAGUUGGCGAUGGAUGAUUGGAUGGAUGUCACCAUGCCGAGAAGUGUCGUCAGAUCAGUGGCAGCAUCGGGUGCUGGUGACACCGGGGCACUGCCACGACGCAGUGCCAGGCUUGCAGUUCGUGGCCGCUCGGUGUUCCCUCCACGAAACAAGGCUCAGCAACAACGACUCAGCAAGCGGAAGACUUCAACGGCAUCAAGUACAGCAAUGACAGUACCAGUGACCACCGCGAUUCUUCCCGCAUGCCCGGUCCAAGGGGCCGGUGAGCCGUUGGCAGCUUACCUUCAGCGGGUACAGGCAUUCACAGAUGCCGUGGCUACCGCAAAGGCACAAGAGGAGGCAGCAGAAACUGAACGUCAGCGGCUGGCGAAUGAGGCAACAGCCCAAGCUCAGCAAACUGCUGAGGCUGACGCAGCGGCACGAGACCGACGGAAUGCCACCAGCACGGAGUCCUUGAUCGCUUGUGAGCAUCAGUGGACAACGAUACUCCAAGGCAUGUUCUUUGUGCCUACGGAAACGCAGGCGGAGCCGACACAGGCGGAGGCAGAGAGAAGUAACCUGGCUACUGUGAUGUUGAACGUAAUGAGGGGAGUAAUGUGGAACAACAAACUACUGCAGGCACACCUGCACGUGGAACGACAGCAAAGACAGCAGUACCAGCAAGACCUGGCCGCUGUAACGACUGCCGUCCGCGACGCAGCAAUGCAGCAGCAGCAACAGCAACAGCUGUUGAAUUCUACCAUCGCAUGCAUCAACGGCAUUGAGGCCAAGGCCUCAGCAGCGCCAGGCUGCACGACAGACGAGACGAAGCAGCUCAAUGGGCGCAUCGAUCAUGUCGUCAACCUCAUCGGCGACAUAGAUGCUUUCAAUGGGCCGGACACGAUCAGUAGCACGGUGGCCGCCAUCAAGACGGACAUCACCAAGCUACAGACGAGACCAGACGCCGCUACGAAGACUUACAAGAUGCCGCACUUCGACAUCAGCAAGUUCGACGACUACAACAAGUCGGACGCCGUGACAUGGUGGCAGCGUUUCCUCACGGAAGCAUCAUGUCGCACUGUCCCGGCGGACGACAUGAUGAAGGCGCUCUAUUUGCAACUGAUUGGAGGAGCGCAGGCAUGGAUGAACCAUCUGCUACCAACAAAUGCACCAUCGCCGAACUCCACACGCACAUUACCCUGUACACCGCCGGCAAGUGAUCCGGUCAGUUCGCCACUGAUUUCCGAGGACUCGACGGCGUGGUCAAGAAUUGAGGAGCUUGACCCGCUCACGAGAGAGGACUUCACUUGGAUGCCUCUACCCUCGACCGGAACCUUGCCAAGGCCGCAUUGCAACGCCUUGAUGGCAACUCUACGCUCCUAUUUGCACGCUACAGUACCAGCUCCGUUGACGGACGACGGAGUAGCGGUUGUCGAUCUCCGCUCCUAUCUUGCGAAGAUUGACCGCGAGUACGCCACCCAAAGGUACGCGGAAACCGACGCGCCUUUGCUCUAUAUCCGCAUUCAGAUCGGAAAGGCAACCUGUAGUGCCUUGAUUGAUUGCGGAGCAUCUCGCAACUUUAUGAGCCAAGCCUUUAUGGCCCGCGCAGGUCUUGGCCCGCGCGUUCGAAGGAAGAUGCAACCUACGCAAGUUACACUCGCGGACGGCCGCACGCAAAAGUCAAUUGACCGAUGCGUCGACGGCGUUCCGGUAUACUUUGCGCCACUUGCGUGCGAGCAGGUGUCUUUUGACAUCCUCGACACCAAGUUCGACAUGAUUCUAGGCAUGUCUUGGUUGCGUAGCGCCGAUCAUCCGGUCAACUUCCAUGACCGAACCGUUCACAUCCGUGAUCGGAACGGAGUGUUAGUCCCAUGUACGGUCGCGACCCCUCACACUUCGAUUGCUUGUCACGUGGUUUCCGUUGCGAGAAUUCGCGACGCCAUUGCUCGGAAGGACGUCGAGGAGAUGGGCCUUGUAUUCUUGCAUGCUCUCCCCUCGCCGGAUGGACCAGCCGCGUCACCGCCGGACCCACGCAUUUCUCACCUCUUGGACGAGUAUAGAGACGUCUUCGAGGCUCCCACCGGAACGGUUCCGGAUCGGCCCAUACGUCACGGGAUCACUCUCGAGGCUGACGCUGUCCCUCCGCGUGGAUAUGGAAUUCGAAGUUUGGACUUUGGAGACGAUCCUCGAAGCAUAGACAUCUUUGCCAUGGUGUCAGCAGAGGGAGAGCGUGUGAAUCUGGGCAAAAAUCUUAAGGCACGUGGCAACGUCGAGAACUGGUUGUCGGCUGUGGAACAGAACAUGAUCAGCAGUCUGCAUCGGAUGACGAAGAUUGCAUUGCAGGAGUAUCCCAAAAAAGAGAGGAAAGAAUGGGUGCUUCAGCAUCCAGCUCAGCUGGUAAUUGUUGUCAGCCAGAUCUUCUGGCGUAAGGAGGUGGAAGCGUGUAUGGUGGACACUUUAGGGAUGGAAAACGAAGAUGCAAAUGAAACUGGCACCAAUGAGGGAGCAGGAGGAGGGGGGGGAGAAGGAGGAGGAGGAGGAGGAGGAGGAGAAGGUGGCUCACCUGAUGUGGGCGGGCGAUGGCGUGUGGGGUUGCACUCGUCGACCUCGGAUUUUGGCAAUGGCAAUGCCGAACCUGUCUCUUAUACACAUCUAGAUGUGUAUAAGGGGAGGGGGGAGAAGGAGGAGGACUCAGAUGGGAGUUUGGUACCAAGUGCGUUGCACCUGAAACUGGGAGGAGCACCAGCAGGCCCAGCUGGGACGGGGAAAACAGAAACGACAAAGGACCUUGGGAAAGCGUUAGGGGUGCAGUGUGUUGUCUUCAAUUGCGGAGAAAACCUUGACUAUAAGGGGAUUAUGGAAGACAAACACAGGAAAGACACCCUSCAAGAACUGAUCAAAACAGGCAGCUCAGCAGAAAAAGCAUUCUUCGAGAACUUACAGGCAAGAGGAAAGAUCCUUCAAUCUUCCAAAACUCAGAACUCCUCGCAAGGCACCAAAGACUCCCAGAUACCACAGAAGGAAAGCACAACCAACAACUCAAAUAAGAAGCUCAAAACAAAAGCGAAUCAACCCUCCCCAAACACACCGACACACAGCACAUCACAAGACAAAAGCAGCAAGCCUAGAGGCCCUGUCACAGCAACUGAAGAGAUGGAAGCUGAGACGGAUGAAGGUCAAGGAGACAACGAAGAGGGAACAGUGGGAGAUGCAGCCAACAAAGGGAACAAACAGCGAGGGACUAAGGAAGGAGGCAGUAAAGAAGGAGAAGAAAUGAUGAAAGAAGGAGAUGAAACAGACAUUCCGGAAGGAAGAGGAGAACAAGGAGAAGGAGAAGAAAAGGAGGAAGUGGACGAAAGGAAAAUAGACGACAACAUGUCGCAAGACUCCGCAGAGGGAGACUCUCACAUGGGUACGGACCAAGACGCAACAGAUGUAACAGGGGAAGAAGAUCAGGAGGACUCGCUCAAUUGGCUUUCGAAAUAUGUCAAGGGGAUGGAAAGAGAAAGAGAAAUUGAAUUUGAAAUCAGGAUCGCACACAAAAAACACAUCUUCAAUCUGCUGAACUUCAACCCGACGCAGCAAGCGCUGAGCAAUCUGUUCCCCACAGACAACCAAUACGAAAUCCUAGAAAAGGAACAAGAAUUGUCAGACUUUUUUGCUGAACGCUACGGCCCCAAACUGGAAGAGGUAGCCAACCAAGGGUCUCACACAUCGAACAGUGGGAUCUGGCCCAAAUCUUACAACAAUACAGACUCCCAAAAACCGAGCAAGAGGCGCAAGGGGGGAAGAGGGAAUGCAGAAUCRAYCCCAACAGCAAGUUCUCAGGACACAGGGGACGAGGAGGAUGGAGAGAACAGGCCGCUGGAGGAGAAGGAAGACCUUGACAGACAAAAGGAGAUCCUCAAAGCACAAAUCACGGUGCUAAGAAAUCAGAACAGGGAAAUAUCCGAUAUGGCAAUCAAUCUGCAAAAGUUGGCAGGGGGACAAAACGCAGAAACAUUCACAGCUGCCAAGCUCAAAGCCAAAAGUGGCUGCAGGAAAAGGGCGAUAAUCCCCUACAGAUGGAACACAAAUCAUGGAGAUUGGGAAGUAGCAAUUAACAAGUCAUGGGCCCUSAUUGCAGUUGCCAAACCGAGCAAAAGGGCCCUGACAAACAACAUCUCAGGGGAUSCCCCCAUGAGCGCCCACAUUCUAGGUUCAUGGAAAGAUUGGAGAGAGGAGUGGAUUGACUCRUCAGGAGAUCUGACGAUCUGUGACCUCAGACMCUACAUGGUACAGUACUCAAUGGAUGCAAAGAUCAAAGAACAUCUYACAUGGAAACCAUGGAAGGUAAUACAAGCAAUUCCCUACGGCCUCCUAGGCGGAGAUAUCCCAGCAGAAAGAGCAGCGGUUGCAGCGUYGYUGGCAGAAGGACAUGGACUCUUCGCAGACAACCAAGAGCAYCUGGCUCACACACUGGAGGUGGGGGCCCGAGUAGUUAAAAUCCACAGCACAGAGCCCUUCGGAUCCUCCCCCAACUAAGUCACCACCACAGAGAGAGAUAAGGCUGGGGUCAUAGCCAUCCCUCCAUGACAUCACCUAACCACACAACCCAGGCCACACACCCAGGCCAACUGAGACACUACACCCUUAAACCGAGUGAGCCUGAGUUGACAAUGAUGUCAUGGAAUGUCAAUGGCUUAGCAACAGUCUUAACUAAUGAACAAAAAUGGGACAACAUAACCAACUACCUCAACUGGUUCUCAAGAAGUCCACCGGACAUAAUAUGCCUACAAGAAACUCACCUAUCCAACUCAAUAGAACAUCAAACAAUGAUCAACAAAAUACAGACAAGAUU